CCACGGAGGUUGAGAGUAACUUUGUAUCAAUCUACAGCCGAAAUUUUGCAGUGAAAGCCUAGUUUCUCAUAAUUCAACGUUCACCUGAAAGCAGCACAGGUCCACCCGCCGGUUGGUGUGAUAUUGAGAGGUCAGUCGGCUUCAAAUUGAAGCGGAACAGGAAGUCAAGAUGUCUGGAGAGCUGGCCCUCAACAUUAAUAUCAAAGAGCCACGAUGGGACCAGGGAACGUUUAUGGGCCGAGCCAAGCACUUCUUCAUGGUCACGGACCCAAGGAACGUCCUCCUGUCCUCUAAGACUCUGGAGGAGGCCCGAGUGAUCGUGGAGAACUAUAGAGCUGGGAUCGUGACACCCGGCCUGACGGAGGAUCAGCUGUGGCGGGCCAAGUACGUGUACGACUCCGCCUUCCACCCCGACACCGGGGAGAAGAUGUUCGUGAUUGGCCGGAUGUCUGCUCAGGUGCCCAUGAACAUGUCCAUCACUGGCUGCAUGCUCACCUUCUACAGGACGACUCCGGCUGUGGUGUUCUGGCAGUGGGUUAACCAGUCCUUCAACGCUGUGGUCAACUACACAAACCGCAGCGGAGAUGCGCCCAUCACCGUCAAUCAGCUUGGUGCAGCCUACGUGAGUGCUACUACCGGCGCUGUGGUCACAGCCCUGGGACUCAAGUCUCUGGCCACGCGUCUCCCUCCAAUCGUCAGCCGCUUUGUGCCCUUCGCUGCUGUGGCCGCCGCAAACUGCAUCAACAUUCCAUUCAUGAGACAGAGGGAGUUGAAGUACGGCAUUCCCGUGACAGACGAGAAUGGAAACCGGUUAGGAGAGAGUGUCAGUGCGGCCCAGCAGGCCAUCAUGCAGGUGGUGGUGUCCAGGAUCGGCAUGGCAGUGCCGGCCAUGGCUAUCCCCCCCGUCAUAAUGAAUGCUUUGGAAAAGCGAGCCUUCAUGAAGCGCUUCCCAAUUCUAAACGCUCCGGUCCAGGUGGGGCUUGUGGGCUUGUGCCUGGUGUUCGCCACCCCUUUGUGCUGCGCCCUGUUCCCACAGAAAAGCUCUAUGAGUGUCAGCGGCCUGGAGGCGGAGCUUCAGGAGAGGAUACGACAAAGCAACCCGGGCACCAGCAUAGUCUACUUCAACAAGGGCCUGUAAGACCAGCACAUGUGCACAAGUAUGGUGAUUUAUUUAUGCUUUUAUUUGGUCUUCUGCAGUGUAUUUUGGAGUUGCUCAAGCACAUUGAAGAGUAGUCUGGAUGUUCCUAAUGUUACUGAUGUGUCCGUUUAACAAGCAUUGAACUGAUUUUACUUGAAUGUAACGUCAUACAUUGAUUGAUGGUACACUGGAACCAUGAUUGACUUUUAUUCGUAUCGCUCAAUCCUAUUCUCCCUGUUCAACUGGUGCACCUUUUUCCUUUUUAACUUUCCUUUAAGUGGACUUACACCUUUUUAUUGCACAUAAUGAUUGCAUGCGGUUUAACAACUUGGUUGAAAUGCUACCAACAAAUUGUUAAAACAUUUGACAGAUUACGACACAACAUAAAUACGAGUUUAACUUAUAGCUUAUUUAACGCUUGUCAUUCAGCAGCGUGUUUUUACAUAGACAUCAUGUGAACGUAGCAACUCAAAAGGUCCCAUGUACUAUUUUUCAACCAUGUUAAAUAAGUCUCAGUGGUGUUUCCCACAGGGCUGUUUUUGGUUGUGGGUGAUGACAUAUUUGUUGAAUUUGCAAAUGGCCAUGACACACUUUUUUUUUUUUUUUUUUUUUCCACAAAGACGGAGCAGCCUGUCAGUGCUUUCAGAUGAGGGAGGGGCCCACAACAGCACUGAUAAUGUGUUAUUAAGGGGUCUGAUUACACUAAGUCCCCUACAAACGAACACAGUUGGUUCCAGACGACCGUUCUUAUGUCGAAUUGUUCUUAAGUAGGGGAAAAAGUAAUAUUACCAAUGAUAUAGGUACUACAUGUACGUGUAUACAUAUACAGUAUAUGUGUAUGUAUGUAAAUAUGAGUUUGGAUGCAGUAGUAAUAUUAAACAAGGAUAAUUAAUGAAAAAAAACGAUAAAAAUGAUAUAAUAUGUAAUGAUAAAUGUUAUUUACCUUUGAAGAGGAGUGGUCGAGCAUACGUCGUUGUGGUGGAGUUGGAGUUAUUGGAAAAAAAGGACAAAUCGUCGUCAUCGUUAGACUCUUCUAAAAAAGGUAGUGUUGUGUGGGUGGUGUAGAAUUAAGAAGGCCUGUUAACUCUUCAUAAAGUUUAAUCACACGCUCUGUCCGGGCUGUAUUAUACAACUAACAAUGUAGCUUUCUCUCUCCCCUCCUCCUCCUCUUGUUCUACAGCUGUUGGUCCCAUUAGCAGUGUCACAGUGCCCUCUGCUGGUCAAGCAUGUAGCAGUAUAAGUAUGGACUUUAUAAGGCAAAACACAUGAAAAUAUAGACUAGUCGGCUUUGUUUGUAUCCGAAAGUUCGCACGUCGGAUGUUCGUUAGUAGGGGACUUGGUGUACUAGCAAAUAUUGUUAGUCGCUAAUUUUAACACCGAUCCCUCCUGCUUCGUCCUCGCAUGUUGUGUGUUGUGCGAGGGCACACUGGCCGCGCCAAAUUUGUUUGUGGCGGGCAAGUGUAAAAAACACUGUUCAGACAUGUGUGGCCAUUCUGCACUUGUCCUAUGUGAUAGAUGCCACAUAUCACAUACAACAACAUAGGUGGGACAGGAGGACACAAACGUUAGCAACGCUAGCAUAGCUACAGCGCUAACAUUACACAUUUUAACAGCAACUUCGUGCUAGGUUUGCCUAUUUGCUGAACAAAAACAAAAUGAUAAAACUUAAGAGCUCCCACGUCUGCAGCUGACUCAGAUCGCUGACAGAGCUCCAGACUUUAUUAAGAUGUGUAGCAAGCAUUUUUUUUUUUCCCCAAUUACAAUGCUGUCCCCCUGAAAUUGUGAGCGCAUACAGAGCUAGAAAGGUGUCAUGUCCAUGAGGAAGGGGGUUCUUCCUACACGUCAUGAAAACCCGCAAAUUCAAAAGCGACCAUUUAAGCUCCUCUUCUGAUAGAUUUUUCUCAUGUUUGGUGCUCAUAAACAGGCUCUAGGGACAUUAAGAAGUCAAUUUUCUUGAAGUCAACGAUACUGAGACGCUGCCUUGUUUCAAACCAGUCAGCAAUGUUCUACAUUGAGAAGAAAAAGGAAAAUUGAGAUGGAAACAUGCUAUAAUAUGCUCAAAUAGACAUACAGUACCUAUAAUGUUCUUGUAGGCGUGACAAUUAUGUGCAACAUGUAACAAGGAUUAUUUAUGGAAUAUCCUAUAUGUAUUGAUGUAAAUGCUAUACUGGACAUGGGGUCUUAUUUAAAAAGGUGUAUACUCGUGCUGCUUGUUUAAAUCGGUGUGGCGGAAAAAAGGUAAACUAGGAAAAAUGUUCAGUGUGUGGUGUUUUUGCUGUGUUGGCUUUAACAGGGUUUUUAUUGUUAUGCUUUAGAUAACCUUUGUAUGUGUCAUAUUUAUAGUAUACUGUAUAAGUAUGUAAAAGAGCACACAUAAGAUGCACCGGUUGUAGCUCCUCAAAGUUCAGGGUCCCUUGUUUUUUGUUUUUUUUUACUUGACAGUUUAUGCAUAGUCUUGCUCAGAUUUCACAGGUUGGUUUUGUCCACACACGCAAGCUCACCGGAGUUAAAGUUUUUCUGUUUUUUUUUUUUUUUUUAAUGGUUUCAUUCUAAAGUGUUAGCAAUGUUCAAUUGUAGUUGUAUGAAACAACACAGCUGGUAGUCAAAACAGAAUUUCAGCAGUCCAGUGUUUCAUUGUACUACGUGAUAUCAGUUACUUCCAUUGUCCAAUGAUGGUAGGCUGCUAACAACUCGAAACAAGUACAGUGGAUUCCUGCUAAUUUGCGGGUUGUUGGUCAAGAAAUUAGUUAGAAUUAGGGAUGCUCCGAUCAGGGUUUUAUGCUGCUGAUCUGAUCAUCCAUGUGUGAGAUUGGCCGAUCACACGGAUUAACUGUAGCUUUUUCUAUUUAUGAUGAAUGCAUGUCAAUGCAUGGCCAGGGCCGCCAUUAAACAAUUCAAGGCUCCCGGGCAAAUAGGUCAUUCUUGAGCGGAUGCUUUUUUUGCUUUUAUUUUUAUGAAACACUUUUGUACCAGUUGACACAAGCCUGAAUUUAAUUUGAUGCAUGUUUUGGAGUAAUACUAAUACUUGGGAAAUAAAUUGUUCAAUUUAUAUUUUUAGCUCAAGAUAACAAAAUUAACAGAAUAAAAUACAAAAAAAAUUCUUUAUUAAAUAGAAAUCUUUAACUUAAGAGAAUAAAUUGAGGGUCCAGGUUGCAGGAGUGUCGAGCUGUCAACUAUUUACUACUACUACUACUACUACUAUACAAAUUUGUGGCUGAUCAAGCGGCGCAUCCCAAGUUGAAAUUUCUUUUUCUCCAAAAACAAGUCAUUUAUUUCAAAUGUUGAACGUCAACGCUGUCAAAAAAUACACUUAUGGGCGUCUCACACGUGGUCUUGGAACCCCCGCAAUAGCAGGGAUCUACUGUACACCUAUAUCCUGCUGCAAUGUUAAAAAAUAUUGAGGAUUAUACUUGCCAAGUGUGCAAAGGUUCUGAGUCUGUACCGAAUAAAUGAUGCUGCACUCCUGUAAGUGUCACAUGUAUCCAAAGAUGGAGACAGGAUUUGUUCAGGACUAAAAAGUUUUUGGUUUAUCACCAGCUUUAUUAUGUCUUUAUGCAUAAAGUGGUUGUGCACCAUGUGACUAUGCAUAUUAUACUACUAUUUUAUUCAUCUGAAAGUCUUUGAUUGUAGUGGCAUCACCAUCAAACCUCAUACGUGUUGUCUAGCAUGAAUAAUUGAUGGCACAAAUGUUAGACAAUCCGUGCUGUUACACUCCACGAAUGGUUUCACCUUUACGUCACUGCUGUCAGUAUUGGUGCAGUGUGUACUCUCCCUGUUUUCUAUGGUCUUCACAUGAAUAAUAAAAAAAGAAUGGACUUCAA